GCAGCGCUUAUACGGCGCAUUUUAAAUUGAAAUUUCAUAUUAAUAUCGAUUUAAAUAUUUUCAAUUUUAGCUAAUCGAUUUUAACUAAUAUUAGAAAGAAUCAUGUAUACUAAAUAAUUAUUUAUACACAUAAUUUUGCACUUUCUCGGAUAAUUUUUUUAAUACUAUUGACGCAUACGUUUGACUGCUAGAAGUCACCAAAGUAUUGUGAAAUAGCAAAGAUUUACUAACGUAUUAUACAUGUUACUUCAAAUAUAUACUACGUGUAUGAGAAGAAUUGUUAGUAAUGAAAAAAAGAAUAAAACUAACAUCGAAAUUUCUUUCUUGAAUAAUUUUCUCAAAACUACAUUAAUCAAACUGAAACAUUUUUUUGUGUGACAGCUAAUAUUCUAUACCGUUAAUUUGAAUUAUGGAAAUAUGCCGGGUGCUGCCUCAGCUUUGAGCCAAUUCGCAUGCGUUUUCAUACUGCAUCAUUUUUUUAAUUAUAUAUAGAUAUAUAUCCUAAAUAUUCUGUUAUGUUAAAUGGUUAUUUGGUUCUUAAAUAAAUAAAUUUAAUGAAUUUUUCAUAGUUUUAUAAUAAUUCAUAAUUCAUGGAAAUAAAUCAAAAGGAACUAGGUUAUUGUCAGAGCAUAUGUUAAUAGUAACGAAACACUACAUAAGUAAAAUUUUUAACUGGAGAAUUUGUUAAUAACAAAUAAAUUUAUCUUUUCGUAUUUGAAAAAUAUUAGAAUAGAUAAUAACGAGCACAUUAAUCAUAAAAUAUGACGACAUUUCGAAUGAUGUCACGAAUGACCUUAAUUAAAAAUGUUUUUAUUAGAUGUACCGGCAUGGGGGAGUGGAUAAGUAUUAGUUUAUUUCCGCCUCUAAUUCUGGUUUUUGCUUGUUCAUCAUCCACGAUGUGAGGAUUACCAUCGCCUUGACCUUCAAUGGAGAAAUAUUCACUGCUCCGCAUACUUGAAAACAACAUAAGUGGUCAACAUAAUUUUGGUUUUCUAUUUGAUAUUGAUGGAGUACUCAUUCGCGGCAAAAAUGUUCUUCAAUCAGUACCUCAGACCUUUCAACGUUUAAUGGGACCGGAUAAGAAACUUCGCAUCCCCACAGUAUUUGUUACUAAUAGUGGUAAUACAACCAAGCAUGAAAAAGCAGCUGAUUUAUCAAGAUGGCUUGGAGUAUAUAUUGAUGAAAGUCAAGUAGUUCUAUCGUACUCACCUCUUUGUAAAUAUAGUGAAUAUUAUAGUAAGAAAAUACUUGUAUCUGGUCAAGGUGACGUUAAACAAAUCGUUUCGGAACUUGGAUUCAAUAAUAUAAUCACUAUGCAAGAACUCGUAUAUAAUUUUCCUAGUUUAGAUUAUAUCGAUAAGAAUAAACGAGAUCCUUUUAACGGUCCAAAAGAAAUCGAUUUCAAAAAAAUUGACGGUAUUAUUUUAUUAAAUGAACCAGUUAAUUGGGAAACAUCCUUGCAGCUGAUUGUUGAUUUAUUAGUGACCAAUGGAAUGCCUUCACAUGUUUUACCAGUUGUACCAUAUCCACACAUUUUUGUUAUUGCUUGUAAUAUGGAUCUUAUUUGGGUUUCUGAAGCACCCAUACCUAGAUAUGGUCAUGGUUCCUUUUUACUUUGUUUAGAAAAUCUUUAUAAAAAAAUAACCGGACAUGACUUAAUCUACACAUCAUUAAUCGGAAAGCCUAGUUUACUUACAUACCGCUAUGCAAGUGAGCAAUUGCUAAAAUAUGCACAAAGUAUUAAUGAUAACUGUAAAAUUGAUCGAAUCUAUGCCGUUGGUGAUAACGUUAACACAGAUAUUUAUGGUGCGAAUCUUUAUAAUAGAUACUUAAUGGAGCUUGAUACAUUUAGUGAAGCUGAUAACAUUCAUCAGAAAUUGCCAAUAAGAGAGAAAUCUAAUGAAUAUAGCCAUAAAAAUUGCAUUAGUGUAUUGGUUGAAACUGGAGUUCAUAAUCGAAAUUCAAUAGUUUUUCCAAAUCAUUGUCACAGGAAUUUCUUGCCAGUUGAUGAAUCAUUAAUUGUACCAACUCUAACGGUGCCUGAUGUAACAUGUGCAAUUAAUUUUAUUUUGACAAAAGAAAAUUUUGAAUAAUCUAUUAUAUUUUAGUUAUAAUCAAACCUUCGAGUUAUUAUAAUAAUUAUUAAAAUUAUAUGAACUGUUCAAAUAUGAAUUUUUAUCCAUCACCUUCGAUUGUUAUAAAAGCUAGUUACGUUUCAGAUUAACCGUAAUAUGCUAUUACAUGAGCCA